AUGAGGCAGGCUAAGCUUACGGUUGAUGGUAUGACAUGCAGUGCUUGUGUCAAUACGGUCACUAGUCAAGUAAGCGCAUUACCAGGAGUAUCAGAUUGCCAGGUUUCACUAGUCACCAAUGAGUGCGAUGUGAAGUUUAGCGAUGACAGUGAAUGCAGUACUGAUAAAGUUAUUGAAGCUGUCGAAGACUGUGGGUUUGAUUGUAAGCUAAUAGAAGAGAGCGGUAGCUCUCAGAAUGAAGCGUUACUUACUGUUCAGGGUAUGACGUGCGGCAGUUGUGUGUCGUCGGUUACUGAGCAGGUCAAUAAGUUACCAGGGGUUCAAAACGUAGUGGUAUCAUUAGUAACAGAGGAGUGCCGUGUGGUCUUUGAUGCUAGUAAGAUUUCAAUACAAGAAAUUAAAGAGUCCAUUGAUGACUGUGGAUUUGACGCUAGUGUCAACAGCGUUCAGCAAGUCUCAAUAACAGAAGAAGGAGGUAGGUUGAAAAAUGCUAAAUAUCACAUCUUUGGAAUUGAUUGGAACACACCGGUAGAUGUGGUGAAUACGAGUUUUCAACAGCUGUGCAGUGGUGGAAUUAAAUCAGUGGAUAUGAGUAAAGUUGAUGAAUUUUACGUUGCAUCAAUUGGCUAUGAUCAAAAUGAAUGCGGAGUCCGUGAUAUUGCCAAUAGGAUUACUUCUGAAUUAGGAUAUGAACCUACGGUUGUCUCUACUUAUGAUAGUUCUACUCAACUGAAGCUAUUGGCUAGAGUAAAAGAAAUUCAAUUUUGGAAAUACAAUUGUUUCAAAGCAUCUAUAUUUGCCAUCAUUACAAUGGCACUUUACAUGGGGAUACCCAUGUCUCUGCCUUUCAUUGUUAAGAGUCACACUUUCCCCUACAAAGAAACUUCAUUUCUGCCAGGUUUAUUUUACAGGGAUAUAAUUGGAUUCAUCCUUGCCACAUAUUUACAAUUCACGCUUGGUAGGUAUUUUUAUGGAGCGUUCUGGAAAUCUUUAAAACAUUUUACGGGUACUAUGGAUACACUGGUUUGUACCUCUACUUCAUGUGCGUACUUCUUUUCCAUUUAUUCCGUCGUGCUUAAUGUGAUCAAUCCUUCUGAUAGCGGCAAAUUACCGAAUGUCAUCUUUGACACAUCUGUAAUGCUGUUUUCGUUCAUCUCUCUAGGUAAACUACUGGAGAAUAGAGCUAAAUCAGCAACUUCCACUGCACUAUCAAAAUUAAUAUCUUUGACGCCAACGUCUUGUGUAGUUCGUGAUUCACAAGGUGAAACUUUCGAAGUACCCAUUGAUCUACUACAAACAAAUGACAUCGUAGAAGUAAUGCCGGGCAAAAGAAUUCCUGCCGAUGGUUAUAUCCUUGAAGGUGAAACUGAAAUUGAUGAAUCAUUAAUUACUGGUGAGUCUCUACCGACCGCCAAGUCCCGCGAUGAUAACGUAAUUGCGGGCUCUAUCAAUGGCCCAAACCAUUUUGUCUUCAAGGCAGAAGCUGUUGGUGAUGAAUCUAAAUUAGCAAACAUCAUAAGAACCAUGAAACAGGCACAACUGACAAAGGCCCCCAUUCAAAGAUAUGCAGAUUUUUUGGCAUCAAUAUUCGUUCCUUCAAUUCUUUUAUUAGCCACUUGCACCUUCUUCAUGUGGUAUGUGUUGGCUAACCUCAUUACAGACUCCUUGCCAGUGCUCAACUCAUCCAAUGGUAGAUUUUACAUGUGCUUCCAGACUGCGAUUUCAGUUGUUAUCGUUGCAUGUCCUUGUGCGUUGGGAUUAGCAGCACCUACUGCCAUCAUGGUUGGUACUGGCGUUGGCGCUGAACAUCAAGUUUUAAUCAAAGGUGGUGAAAUUAUGGAAAGAUUUGACACUGUGGGUAAAUUCGUAUUUGACAAGACUGGUACUCUAACGACAGGAUGUAUGACUGUACGAAGCUUCAUCUUAGAAGAAUCUCAACAAUUGUCUACCGAAUUACUGGCAUGUAUCCUUGCCUCUGAAUCAAUAAGUGAGCAUCCUGUGGCUAAAGCUAUCGUCGAUUACUGUACUAAUAUUUCACACCAAGAUACCAAGGGAAAGGCCACAGUGUUGGAUAGUAAGAUCUUUGUCGGUAAAGGUCUUGAAUGUCUAUGUGAAUUUAACGGAAUUAAACAUACCUUGCUCAUCGGUAAAAAGGCAUUAAUGCCAGAAGAUUGGAAUGCUAAAAUGGGUGAUACAAAUAGUGAUAGUACAGUUUCCUAUGUUUGUAUGGAUGGUGCAAUAAUUGGUAGAUUUGAAAUAACAGAUGAAGUGAAAUCAGAUGCUCAUGAAACUGUACAAUAUUUGUUAGAUAACAAUUACAAAGUUUACAUGGUUACUGGUGAUAAUCAUGGAUCUGCUAUCAAAGUUGCUCAGCAAUUGGGUAUUGAUUUGAACAGCAUUUUUAGCGAAGUGACACCAGCGGGCAAAUGUGAGGUAAUAGAGGAAAUACGCAAGGGUUCAAGGGAUGGUAUAGUGUUUGUCGGUGAUGGUAUUAACGAUUCUCCCGCUCUGGUAACCAGUGACAUUGGUAUAUCAAUAUCUACAGGCACUGAUGUUGCUAUGGAGGCAGCAGAUGUGGUGGUACUAUGUGAUCAAGAUCGUACAAAAGCUAGACUCAGGGGUAUAUUAUAUGCCUUGGACAUUUCUCGCAAAACAUUCCACAGAGUUAAACUAAAUUUGUUUUGGGCUCUAUGCUAUAACAUUUUUAUGAUACCAAUUUCAAUGGGCAUCCUCAUUCCCUGGGGCAUAACGCUACCACCAAUGGCGGCAGGAUUUGCCAUGGCAAUGAGCUCUGUGAGCGUUGUUUUAAGCUCGUUAGGUCUCAAGAGAUGGAAACCGGACCAUCUUUACGGUUCAAAGGGUGAUAGGAUCUUUUCGAGACUGUUCCGUAUACGCAGGGAACCAAAUCAGCAGAGAGAAGAUGUUGAGUUGCAAACAAGAUCAAUUCAGUAA